AUGACUGUCAAUCCGGAUGAUGAAAAUUCGAAAGAUGCAUCUGGUCGUGUACUUAUUGGCAAAUCAAAGAAGGUUUCAGUUGAAAAAGAUUUUCGCAAGCAAUUCGCUUCCACCUUUACGGCGAAGUUCUCACCCAAUGGGGACAGUCCCAGCCUAGGUAGAGUGAAUCCAAACCUCGACGAUCGAACAAAGAUGCCGGCAAACACCCGAAGGGCUGGUUUCCUUAUGGAAAUGAAACUACCGGAGGGUCUGGAUCAAAACUUUGAGGUGGGGGAUACAAAGAUUCAAUAUCUUCUGCGCGUGAGUAUCCCUCUUUAUUCUACCUACGGUAUAUUCCAGUCGGUUUCCUAUUUGAACUGCAUUCAGAAUUGCUGCUGCGGCUUAUCCCACAUUAAUUUCAGGCCAACUCCCGAAUGGAAAGAGGACUCUGAUGCCACUUAG